CAUCCCGAUGUUGUUUUCUUCUCCAAGUGGCUGGCCCUUGGAGGAUUCCACGAGCCAUGAACAAAAGAGCUACAUGCACGGAGAUGCCUACACUUGCUAUUCACCACCUCUUCUCCAUUUUCCCUUCUUAUCACCACCUACACCUUAUCCUCAGACGGAGCUAGCGGUCGAUCCUCUCGAUACUCCAUUUGCAGUGGCGAACGGCGAAGCGACGAUGGUCAAGAAAUUGAACCACAAUGCUAGCGAGCGUGAUCGGCGGAAGAAGAUGAAUGGUGUGUACUCCACGCUCCGUUCGCUGCUUCCGGCCACUGAUCAAAUGCAAAAGUUAAGCAUCCCAACAACGGUGUCCCGAGCGCUGAAAUACAUACCGGAACUGCAACAGCAAGUGGAGAAACUCACUCGAGAGAAGGAAAACCUGUUGUCAAGAACUAAUGCUACCCGAGACAGAGAUUAUUGCACUAAGAAAGGAGAAGGCUCGCUUCAGAAUGUGGCGCCAUCUAUCUCGACGGCUCGCUUGAGCGAGAGCGAAGUUGCAGUUCAGAUAUGCACCCCAAAGGUCAUGGCUCAUCAGACUGUCGAUUUCUCUGAGGUCUUGCUUACCUUGGAUUGCCAUGGCUUUUCUCUGAUAAGCUCUUCCACCUUCGAGUCGUGCGGCGGAACAAGAACCUUCUACAAUCUACACGUCCAGGUUGAGAGAAGCUGGGGAACAGAGUGUGAGGCUUUGAAGGAGAAGCUAUCAGCAUUAUUUGAUCAUCGGAUGAGAAGCGAUGUAGACUUCCUGGGGCAACUUGGGAACCAGAGAGUCUAAAAAUAGUUUCUCCAUUGCUUUACCUCAUAGUGCGAUAUUGGAGAACGGAAAAG